GGGAGGGGUGGGUGGGGAGGGCGGGAGCACUGCUCGAUUGCAAUCUUUCAUCCAUAUCUGAUCACCCAAGGACGAUGAGAAGUUCCAAAUUACUCACACUGCGACAGCCCGCUUCGUCUCAAUAUACCUUAGGUUAUUAGCGCAACUCCGUCGCAUUUGGUCAUGCCGACGACCAUGGGCAAUGCGCCAGAAGCGAAGGUGAAGCCCCAGUGGCUGACGUACAUGGACGAGUUCGCUGUCCAGGACGACGUGGACGCGGUGGAGAAAGAGACCCUCGUUUUCAUACGCGAGCUGCUCCUCGCGCCAGAUACGGACGAGCACGCAACAGAACGAGCGAUCCAGGCGGUGCAGGCCUACUACCGGGAGAUGUAUUGUCCUCCAGAUGAUCCCUAUUGGAAGCAGGAUCCCGGUUACGGCGUGCUCCAAGUGAUCGGGAGUAUUGUGCCCCAUGUCUUUGCCCUGGUGGAACACAUCCCGUUCGACGAUGUCCGGCACAAACGGCUGGCAGAUCUCUUGCUCGGUCUGAAGGAACAAGCGGUUCAGGAAUUCAACCCCGAGGAUCCGCAGUUGGGUUGGGAUCCGAGACCGUUGGAUGAGAUGGCCUACGAUGACUGGAACGCGAUGCAUUGUGCGUCGACCCUCUUCCCUCCCCUUUGUUAUUGCCCAGACACUGACAACAAUGGCUGCGCAUCAGCAUUCCCAAAUGACCCAAUGGACCGGUGCAACAGGACGCUCAGCGUCUACACCCUUCUUGCACGGCUCACUCCGAUAAUGGGUGGCAAAUCGGGUUAUUGGGCGGUCACCGACGUCGUCGAAGGUCUCGAGGAACCAGCAUCGCCGCGUUCCACCCCAUUGGUGCUGAACGCGGCCGCCGUCAUCGCAACGCAGUUCGUGCAGUUCGCGGGCGAGGUGUUGGUCCGCCUGGUGGACGACGCGAAAUGGAGAACCUGGGCCGCGAAGUUGAAGAAUAUCGCGGACAAUCCCCCCGCCGAUGCCGAGUGGGAUCUCCAGAAGCAUGCCCGGAAGGCGUAUGAGAGGAUGACUGAGCUUCGGCCAGACCUGUUUCAGGAGGUGUCAAAUUAGGCAGCGGGGGCGAGUUGAUUAGUAGACUUAGGGUGCACGAGAACUCGGUAGUCCGGCAAGGGAUGUUUGACUGUUUGGGUCACUGUCAUGGUUUCGGAGUUGGGCAUUGUGAUUUGAGGGGCCUUGAGAAUUUACUGUCUUUGAAUCCUAGAAUGGAGCUACUCCCUGUGUGUGGACCGUUGCUUGUAGGCCCUCUCCUGCUGUCCUCGGCCUAGGAGAGCCCAAAUGCCGUCCGCCGGCCCCCGAAACUACGGAAGCGGCUGACAGGGUAUCUUUAACGCUGCGUUAGAUACAUAAUCUACCUUACACUGUCAGCAGUGGAUGAGCCCGACAAACGCAUUGGGCCGUCAAGCCCAUCAGGGAUAGGGG